AUGCAGCAAUAUGAACUAGCCAUACGCGCAGCGCGGCUUCUUUUUGACCCUACGGCCAUUUCACCCGUUAAAUCAGACACAGCAGCAAAGAAAGCUGCAUCUUGCUGGCAGUUCCGGCCGUUCAGAGAACUGGCCAUGGAUAAGAAUAAGAUGGCAGACGAGUUCAAGGGGUGGCCGGAUGACUCGUUUGUCGACAUUGCCGGGACUGAGGGACACGGAAGACAUUGGACGGCGCAUUCUACCGUCCGAGGUCGUCUACAGGCCUACGUGAAGUUGAUCGUCAUGAAAUAUAUUCAGGCCCUAAUAGCAGUUGGAGACGUUUACUUCCGCCAGGGCAGCAUGGAGCAGCUACCUCCUGCCAUAAAGCGAUACGUCAAAGCUGCCCGUGUGCUUGAGCCUGAGCCCCGUGCCAUACCAUCCCUAUCAAAAGGCGAUGUCUAA